CCGGGCGGCCGCGGGCGCAGAGCGGGCUGGGACCGGCCCCGGCGGGAGGGGGAGCGAGGAGGAGGAGGAGGAAGGGGAGGAAGAAGGGGGCGAGACCUCGCGGCGCCCCCAUGUUCUCCCCCAGCCAGGAGGAGCACUGCGCCCCCAACAAGGAGCCCGUCAAGUACGGGGAGCUGGUGGUGCUGGGGUAUAAUGGCUCCCUCCCUAAUGGUGACAGAGGACGCAGGAAAAGCAGAUUCGCCCUUUAUAAGCGACCUAAGGCAAAUGGAGUUAAGCCCAGCACUGUUCACGUGAUUUCUACUCCUCAAGCAUCCAAGGCUAUCAGCUGUAAAGGUCAGCACAGUAUCUCUUACACUUUAUCCAGAAACCAGACUGUUGUAGUGGAAUAUACUCAUGAUAAAGACACAGACAUGUUUCAGGUUGGGAGGUCAACAGAAAGCCCCAUAGACUUUGUAGUAACAGAUACUAUUUCUGGAAGUCAAAAUAAUGAUGAAACUCAGAUUACACAAAGCACCAUAUCCCGUUUUGCGUGCAGGAUUGUAUGUGACAGGAGCCCUCCAUAUACAGCAAGGAUUUUUGCAGCUGGAUUUGACUCUUCCAAAAAUAUAUUUCUUGGUGAAAAAGCAGCGAAAUGGAAAAAUCCUGAUGGCCAUAUGGAUGGAUUAACAACUAAUGGGGUGCUGGUCAUGCAUCCAAAAGGAGGGUUUACUGAGGAGUCUAAACCUGGAGUUUGGAGGGAGAUCUCGGUCUGUGGUGAUGUGUACACUCUGCGGGAAACCAGAUCUGCUCAACAGCGGGGGAAACUGGUAGAAAAUGAGACCAACGUCCUCCAAGAUGGCUCCCUCAUCGACCUGUGUGGAGCCACCCUUCUGUGGAGAACAGCAGAUGGACUGUUUCACACUCCAACUCAGAAACACAUUGAGGCUCUGCGACAGGAGAUCAACGCUGCCAGGCCGCAGUGUCCCGUCGGGCUAAACACAUUGGCGUUUCCCAGCAUCAACCGUAAAGAUGUGGUAGAGGAGAAGCAACCUUGGGCGUACCUCAGCUGUGGUCAUGUCCAUGGCUAUCACAACUGGGGACAUCGCAGUGACACAGAAGCCAAUGAGCGGGAAUGUCCCAUGUGCAGAACCAUUGGCCCCUACGUACCUCUCUGGCUCGGUUGUGAAGCAGGCUUUUAUGUGGAUGCUGGCCCUCCGACUCAUGCUUUCACCCCGUGUGGACAUGUGUGCUCUGAGAAAUCUGCAAAAUACUGGUCUCAAAUCCCCCUGCCUCAUGGUACUCAUGCAUUUCAUGCUGCCUGCCCUUUUUGUGCAACACAACUGUCUGGGGAACACAACUGCGUCAAGCUAAUUUUUCAGGGUCCAAUUGACUGAUAUCACUUUGCAAUGACCACAAUAACGUUUUCUUUAACAACUUACUGUGAAGAUUUUGCCACUAACUCUAGAUUUUACCUUUUUUUAUAAUGUUAUUAAUAGGGUGGUAGGGUGGGGAUGGGGAGCUGACAAGGAAAUUGUGAGGGGCUGUGGUGGAAUGGGAUACAUUGAUACCUGGAACUUGACAGAUAUCAGUGGUGUUGCAUGCUCAAAAGCAGCAUAUUCAUGAAGUCUUCUUGGUCAAAUUGUAGUAUAUUUGUAACCUUUUUAUUAGCACCCUGGAUCAGAAAAAGGUGUCUUAAUGAUUUUUUUAAGCUAAGAUUUUUUAAUGGAAAGGUUUUUUCUUCUAAACUUUGACAAGCCUUUAAAACCUAUUUUUCAAAUCUAGAAGGAACAUACAGAAUGUAACAGUCUUUAAUUUGCAAUAUAAUUUAACUUGAAUAGUUUCUCAAGGAGCUAAUACAGAAUGUGUGGACAACCACAGGUGAAUGUUCACUAGAGAUAAUUGGAUAUGUAAGAGAAAAAUUAGCUGCCUAAAUUGUAGAGUAUAAAUGCUAUUAAAAUAUCUAUUAUGGUAUAACACAGCUGGCCAAAAAGGCAUCAAGGAUUACUUGAAACUGAGGAAAUCCUGUUUGCAUUGAUUUCCUUUCAGUGUAAUAGAUAUCCACUGUUCAUUACGUAUGGUAUAUGGCUGAUUUUCUUUCUUCCUUUUCCUCCCUGUUUAACCUGCAUCUGGUGAAACUGCUUUACUUUUUUACAUACAUAGGUCUGGUUUGUAAGCCGGUGUUCUGUAUAUGUGUAGUCUGGCCUUUUUAUUUCAGCUGAACUUAGCUUGCCCUAACUGCUCCUUGCAUGCCCAGAACCAUUGGGUUAAUUGAGAUGUGGCGACCCUUUAAAAACUGCAUUAAUGAAGGGGUAGUGCUGCAGCAAGAUGGAAGGUUUAGGUACAGUUUAUACAGAGCUUAUCUACAUAGACCUGAAUUCAGGAAAGCACUUAGUAAAUGUUUGAAUAUAAGCCCGUGGAUGGGACUGUUUAGUGCUUCAAUGGAUUGUGGUUAUAUGCUGUUAUGUUUUGAAAUAAAACAAUUAAAAAUAAGGUAUUAUUUAAGCUCACUUAGUAGCCAAAAUGCUGUGAGGAGAGCAUCCUAUCUAGUUCAAGUGAGUGUUUUGUUCACUUUUCAACUUGCUGCCAUCUGUCACCUUUUUUGCAGAUUGAGAUGUGUUUGUAUCCAUUUUUUUUCAAAUGUUUGCAAAUCAAACAGCAUUCAAAUGUAAUCAAAUAUAUGUAUCAGGGUGGUGCAUCUGAAGUGGAUCACUUGAAAUUCCUGACUUUUUAAGGGAGCUGGUAAAUGUUUACUAUGGAGAUAAUUAAAUCAGAAUUUCAUAUGAGAUGUACCCUGCCCACUGUUAGUUUCAUUUCAUACAGAAUGAUAACUCUUUGAUUUGUGUUUUUUUUUUUUUUUUUCUUUUGCUCUCUGUACUCUUGGUAUCUGAGGUAUCAAUCUAUCCAGGUUUUAAAAAAAAAUGGGAGAAAAUUAUAGCACCUAGAUGAAAAUAGACCAUUCAAGCUCAGUUCUGUUUAAUCAGCUAUAGCUUUUUGCUAUAUUUGUGCCCUUUGUAUAAAUAUAUAAUUUAUAUGAUUUUAAUAUAUUCUGUAUAUAUACUUGAAUUGGCCUGUUCAUAUUUUGGUUGUAAAAUUAUUUUAUAGUUAACCUUAUAAACAUUUUACAAGUCCCUUGCCAGUGGUGAUGGGAUAUACUUUGUCUGCUGCUGUUUUUAGUGUAAUUUUGCUGUAUAAACGUUCAGCAUUUUAAUGAUUUGAAAAUAGCUUUACUUUUCUUUUUAUUCUUUUGCUGCUUUAAAGAAACAGUGUUGUUCUGCAGCAUUUUCUCUAAAAAUCCAACUGUACAGUUUUGUCCCACUCGGUGAUUGGAAAUAGGGCCAACCUUGUUAACCUAAACUAUGUGCUUCUUCCUAGUGCCUUUUCAAUGAGAUCCUCUGGUGAUUCCAUACUCUGACUCCUUUCUCCCGCAAGCCAACCUUGUGGCUAAUCUUCAUCAAGAAUGGCAGCCCAGCCAGGUGGGAAAUAAAUGCCUUUGGGCCUUCAGUUCCUUCUUACGGUUUCUGUCAUAAAUGUUGUGGAGGUGCCUCUUCCCUGUUUAUAUUCAGCUCAAGUUCCUCAGGUUCCACAUGCAUACUGCAGCAUUACUUCUGGUUAGCAUAUACCUCAUCCGCAAGAGGCACUCUCACCUCCAUCUUGUUCUUACUGGACUCUGAAAUACUUAACCUUGUUUCUCACAAGAGAUGCUAUGAAAACACUUUCAGGAAACGUUUGUUCACUGAAUUAAGGCCUCAAGCUGUGUGUAACUGCUGGGGGCCAGAAGAUUCCUGUAUGACAAACUUCACCGGUCUGGGGUGGCGGCUGUUUUUUUUACUGAGCUUUAGCUGAUCAGGACGUGUACAGGUAUCUCCUUUUGAGCGUAAAUGGGUGUAAACGUGCAGGUUUCGAGGCAUCUCCAUUAUCCCGCUUCUUUACUUGCUUCCUUUGUUGCAGAUUAAUUGCUGCUUCGGGGCUUUGUAUAGCUACACCCUGUGCAAGGUGAAUGUACGAUGCUGGAGGAAUGCUCGCUAGAAAUGCCAGCACACCAUCGGGUUGUGUUUGGCUUGCAUGAAGUGGAAGACAGGCUAAUGGUUUGUGUCUGAGGGAAGCGUCCUUUGGAAAGACUGUUUUAAGCAAGAUUUCUGUUUCUUUUGUCAGCAAUUCUGUGGAACAACAUACUGUAGGAGGGAAAACUUGCCUCUUAUCUGGGGAACAAAUUUCCGCAGUUCCUUUGCGUGAAUUCAGGUACUUUGUCAUUAACCAGUAUUCAAAUCCAGAGUGAGUCCCACAGAGCUGGAUUUACUGGGAAAGCAGGAGAGUCUGUAGCAUUAUUUUUCUCGAACACUAGUGCCAUAUAUGCUGCUCUGACUAAAUGACCCUUUGGCUGCUUAUCCCUUUUCUCCUUCCCUUCUCUCAAUAACCACACACCUUCACUGAUCUGGUAACUCAGCUGGAAAAAGUAAUUUCUAGAUAAAUAAGACCGAUUCUGUUUAGAGUGACUCAAUUUGAAAACCACACUCAAACUUUGUUUUGAAAGUUGAUUUCAUGAUUUCAGUGUGAUGAUACUCCCUGUAUACCACUUCACAUGCUGGCAAUGUAUUCUGUAUGGAUUUCUUCACCUGUUAACUGUUGAUUCUAUUUAAAUGCUUCAAAAACAGCUUUGACUGCAUAACGUACGGCUAGAAGUAUUUUUCUAUCUUUAAAAAAAAAAAAAGUCUGUCAUAUCCAUGCAUGCUGGAGCUGUAAUGCUUUCCUUUUUCCUGGCAGCUUCUUGGUAGAGUGCUGAAGUCUCUAAGCGGCUCAGUGGUAAGCGUUGUUCUUAUUUGAAUCGUGUUCCAAAUAGCACAAAGGAGUUAGCAUGAUACUGCAUUUUAAUCAAGAUUUUUUUUUCCAAGUGUGGUCACUUUGUGCCUCGGGUACAGUAGUAGUACUGUACUGGCAUAGUAAUUAAAGGAUUGGUUUUCUUCCUGAGGGUGGGAACGGGGCUCAAAAGAGACGCGAGGCGCUGUCAGCCCGGUUCCCCGAGGGACAGACCGCCUUGAAGCAAAGCCAUGCUAGGAGCCGUGAUGGUAGCUGUUGUGCUUUCAGACGUGGCUCAUGCUCUAAAAAGCAUUUGCUUUUGUUGGAAGUCUCAGGAUGAAUUGGAAAGGCUGGAACCACAGGUGGUCCUCCCAGGAAAGUGUUCCUUGGGGUUCUAAGGACAAUUCAUGGAACUGAAGGGAGGGUCCUGCCUAGAGCUGGAGCAGGGAGCAGAGGUGCUGAGUGGGGGCUCCCCUCAAUUGCUGAGAAACUGCAACAGUCUGUGAAUAGAAUUCACUGUUUUAGUCUGCACACCACCCAAAAUAAACUGCUGGCUAUAACUGUGAUAACUCUCCUUUAGUGCUGUUGCCGAAGUCGAUCGCCUUGGCUGCUCACUUUUCUUUUUUGCUGACCAGCUGUUCUUCUGGAAAUGGAAGCUUUUCCAAGACAGUCGUGUUUCUGUUCACAGACACCGUACUCUUGACUCUUCUGUGGGGUUGGAGAACUGUUGGUAGUGUUCUGGCCAUCAUUACAACUGACAGUGGUUUAAAUGCAUUUUUAAUAGGUUAGAAAAACCAACCUGGCUUGACUCCGGCUCUUGAUUAAAGGUGAGCUGCAAGUAUUCUUUUUGAGACAAGCUGUGCCUGUCUGUUCUUUGUCAAGAGUAUUUCUGUCAUGGGUGACAAAUGCUGUUUUCCCCAAGAUUGUUGCUGACUUGCUGCAUGGGGUGUGAAGUGACAGCUCCCGUGGAAUCGAUAUGUAGAGCUGUUGAUCUGAAGAGGUAGGAAGCAGAAAUCUGUCAGGUGUUGGAGCUGAGCAGAUGUGGACAGCCCAGCUUCUGCGGACAGCUCUGGCCAAGGAUCCUCCUCCUCGUUUGCUCAGUUUUCAGUCUCUUGUGAGUUAUUGGUUCCUCUCAUUCUCUGCUCAUCCAUGUAGUUGCAGGUAAACAAAUAGAGCUUGAAAUGAAAACAAGGAAGAAAGUAUUAAGAGAUACCUUCAGGCCUGCUUCUGUUCAAGGGAAACAAAGUGAAGUUACAAAUGUCUCUCACAGAUUUUUCUCAGUAUUCUCAUUUUAUAAGCACUCUUCACAGUUCUCUACACUUUGUGAGUUACAAGGAAAAACAUAGAAGGAAGGGCUGACUUCGGGGUUUUGGGGGGGUAGUUUCUAAGAUGAAAGUCUCAAUGUGCAAACCAAGUCCCACCGACGGCAGCAAACACUUUGAUAUUGCAAGAACCGUAGAGCGAGCCUCAACAAGUAGUAAAGAUCCAACUUUACUUUGUGUUGAUCAGCCUCUGUUCAUUGGCAGCAGAACAAAAAUAAGCUGCUUGGACAAGCAAACUGCAGAAAAAACUGGUGGCUGUCAGGAUUUCCUUUGACCAGGGCACAUUUAUGCUUUCUUUGUGGACAAGCCAGUCUUCAAGUCACCUUGAGGUCCCUUCGAGGUCCCCUCUGUUUCUGUCGUGGUGAUAAGGGAUGGGCGUUGUUUUCCUCUUGGAUCAAAUACGUGAUGAAGAGCCCCUGGAAGGCUCCUUCCUGGGACCCAGCCAUAGGAAAAGCCUCAUCCACACUGCGAGCCCCAUACGAUGGAGAAGUUAUGUUUACUUUUGAACAGUGUUAGCAGCUGUUAAACUUCUGGAUAUAUUUGUAACCUUGGUCUUUUAUACACCAUGUGAAAUGGACUGAAAUAAUUUCUUUGCUGUUGUACCUGUGGAAGCACAAGCCAUUUUACAGGAAGAAAAAAAUUUAAAUUAAAAUGUUAUCUCAGUAUUGUCAUCGACUCCUUCAAUUUCUUCACCUGCUGGCUGGUUGUCAAGGUUUGACUUUGAUUUGCGAAAACGAAUAAUUU